UCAAUUUCAAUUUCUAUACAAUCAAAUUAUUAUCCAAAAUAUGAUUUUUUCCCAUAUCAAUAUUGAUUUUCAUAGAUAGUUAGGAAGUAAUGUUUUUCCGUUAGCUCAAGCUUAUUUCAGUGACCCUUUUAAAAUUUAAUGGCUUGCCAUCAUGGGUGACAACAUUAUAAUGCAGCUAGAUGCUGCUGCCAAAAUCUUCUUGUCCCCACCAACGAGCGUUUCCGCAGAGGAGCGACAUCAGGCAGAGCUGUUCUUUCUCGAGUUUCGGAAGACUGCAAGUCCUUUUGCGUUAUGUCGUGAAAUUUUGGAGACCUGUCAGAACUCAUACGUCCAGUUCGAGGCGGCCAACUUGCUGCGGGACGGACUGCUGCGCGAGUGGAAGCAGUUGCCGCCCGAGGCCACCACCGAGCUGAAAAACUACCUGCUCAACUACCUGGUGGCACACACGUCGGCGCCCGGCUUCCUGCGCGAGCGGCUCGUCCAGACUGUGGCUAUCCUGGUGAAACGCCGGAGUGUGGACGACGAGGGCGCCCAGCGAUCAGAGCUGCUCUCCAACCUACAGCAGCUCAUCCGCUCCCCAGACAUCAACAUGCAACUGUUGGGCUGCAGCCUGAUAGCGGCCCUCCUCCAGGAGCACGCCAACACACUCAAGUCGGCAGACGUGCUUCUCACGUGGGAACAGCACUUCAUGGCCAAAAAGCAGUUCGAGGUGUCUGACCUGCGGCGAAUAUUCGAGUUCUGUCUGAGCACGCUGGCAGAGGCGGAGAAGCUGCCGGCGCUGAACACGCCGCAGCAGAUGACGUUAGUUGACCGGCUACUGCGCAUCACUGAGAGCAUCCUCUCCUGGAGCUUCACAAACUUCAAUAUCAAGUCGCAGCGUCUGAUAGCCGUGUUCGAGUCUGAGCAGAACCCCUCGCUGCGGCCGGGCGUCAACUGGCGGCAGCUGAUGCUCAAUCCAGACGUGGUCAGCCUCUUCUUCAAGAUGUACUGGAAGGUACACCAGGAGGACCAGUUGGCGCACACCUGUCUCAACUGCCUGAACCAGCUGGCGUCGCUGAACGGAACCGUCAUCGGCUCACGGGAGCCGCGAAUCACCUACGCAUCGCACUUCGCACAGAACCUGCUCAACAUCCUGGGCUUCGAGCAGCUGCCGGACAGCCAGUGUCUGGGUGUGGCCGGCAUCGUGCUGCGGUUCGUGCUGUUCUUCCCUACACCGAUCCUGAUUCACCUUCCGGAGGAGCUGGUCGGCAGUCUGCUGCAGGAGCUCACCAGGGUUACGUGUCGGUUCGCGCGCGCCGCCGCCAGGCAGGAGGAGCUGCACGUGGAUGACCAGAUGUACCGGGAAGCGUUCGGGAAGCUCCUCGAGGCGUGGAUGAUGCUGCUGCAGGAGGGUGACAGCUUCCCCUCGGACCUGUACCACAUGUCCGCCACGCAGAUCUUCGAGACCUACCUGCAGGUGCAUCUGGCGGCGCCGGACGGAGCGCGUGGCCAGGUGUCUGACUCGUGUGACGACAUUGACGAGACGGAGGAGAGUGACCGGGUGGCCUACCGAGACCAGCUGGCCGCCAUCGGCGCGUUCGGCAGGAAGAUCCCGGAACGGUCGGUGCCGCUGGUGACGGGCCUGCUGGAGGCGCAGACGGAGCGGCUGCAGCACCACCUCCAGCGGGUCUACCAGCAGGCCUCCCCGCUGGCCGACCGACACCAGCUGAUCGCGCUCCACGAGGACCUCCACUGGACACUCAUGAUCGCAGGUCACGUGUUGGCGCUGGACCUGCGCAGUGAGACGUCUCUCAUCUCGCCGCGGCUGAACCAGUACUCGGCGGCGGCCGGCGGCAGCGACCCGGCGCGCCGCGCGGCGGUGGUGGCCGCCAGCGGCGCGGCACUGCGAGCGGCCGGCACCGACGCGCCGCCGCCCAGCGCCGAGCAGGCCGACUCCGUGGACCCCAUCGUCAGGCUGGUGUGCUGCGGCGUGCGUAUCCUGCGGAUGCUCGAGACGGCCGCCCAGUCGCGUCUCAGCGACGCCAUCAGCCCGGAGGUCACGUGUACCACGCUGUGGUUUAUGCAGCGCGUCACACUCACCUACCUGAUGCCCAACGAAAACUACUACACCGUGCUCUCGGACAGUCUUCUGAGCGCGUUCGGCAUCGACACCGACUCGAGCCGCUGGCUGGUCGGGUUCAUCCUCUCGGCGGUGCGCCAGAUGCUGACAACCAUGGCCGCCGAGCCGGACGUGGUGUCAGAGACUGUACAGCUGCUGGACACCCUCUGCGAGUCCAAAGAGCGUGGCCGCGUGGUGAUCCGGUGUGAGCAGCUGGGCGCUCUAGUCAGCCUGGUGUCCGGGGACCUCCAGCUGCCCUCCGCCGCCCGCCGCGGCCUGCUCAAGGCGCUCGUCAGCGUGGCGUCCACGGCGCCGGAGCCGGCCCUCACUGCCGACUACCUGACCAGGCUGCUGGCGCCGCUGCGCGCUUCCUUCGUGUCGGUGCUGUCUGCGCCAGACUUCCGUCAGCUCUACCAGGAGGACGGCGUGCGACUCAAGGUCCUCGGACUCAUCGAGGCCUUCAUCGGUGUGUCCCAGGGGGCCCAGGUGCAGAACUCUCAGCACGUGUUCCCCGUGCUGUCCGAGACACUAUCCGACACACUGCAGCUGAUGGAUAUCUACAAAAACUACCGACAGAUCUUCGAGCUCAUCAUGCAGCUGUACGCAGAGACCGCCAAGCGGAUGCUGUGCUUCCUGAAGACGACGGAGAGCCGCGCCUUCUACGACUGCUGUCUGAAGAUGAUCGCCACGUACGCGCGCCACCAGAGCAGUCUGCGCGCCGCAACCUCCGACUCGUCGGCCGAGGAAGACAGCUACUCGGACCUCCUGCUGCUCAUGGAGCUGCUCACCAACAUGCUGACCAAGGACAUCAUCGACCUGGGCGGGCACGACGGCGGCAGUGACGGCGAGGACGUGGCUGCUGCAGACGUCUGUCUGUACGGCCUCAACACCAUAAUGCCGCUGAUGAGCGCCGAGCUACUACGCUUCCCGGCGCUCUGCAGCCGAUACUUCAAACUCAUCACCUUCCUCUGCGAGAUCACACCGACCAGGAUACUGGAGCUGCCGGAGAGCCUGCUGGACAACCUACUGAGCUCGGUGCGGCUCGGUCUGACCGAGUACGGCCCGGAGGCCAGCGCGCUGGCGCUCGACUUCCUGCACCAGCUUACCAGCCACGUGGUGCUGCACCAGCUGCCACCCGACCACCGGGUGCCCCAGGCGCUGCGGCCCUUCGUCAAACACCUGCUCGACCUGAUCCUCUCGAACGGCGUCAACUCUGAGGUGCUGCAGGGCUCCAGCGGCGCGCUAUUCGCGCUCAUCUGCUGCUUCCAGGACGAGUACAGCCAAUUGGCGAUGGCGCUGAUCAACAGCCAGGGAGAGGGCGAGCGCAGCCAGCGGCUGGCCAAGGCGUUCACGGGCCUGACCCAGUCGGUGGACCGCAGUCUGGACCGCGCCAACCGGCUCAAGUUCCGCGACGCCUUCAAGGAGUUUCUCGUCGAGAUCCGCGGCUUCAUGAUGGUGAAGUAGUCGGCUGUGGCGGCGGCCCGGCCGGCGCGGGGUUAGAGCUGCGCGCCACCGCUGCUCUGUAUCGUGUGCUUAUGACGGAGGGACUAUGUGUGAUCAGCUCUCAGGACGGGGUCGUCGCGAGGAGCGGACCGGGCUGUGCGUGUGACGCUAUGGAGUGGCCGCUCUGCCGACCGGGGUGUCGGCGCUGACGUGGGACGCGUCGUGAUGGUUGGACGCCAUUCGCAGCUUCACUGGUCGGCUAAACUGUCUCCGUCCUGACUGGUCGGAGAGACUCCCUACGCUUGUCUGUGGUCCGCGCAGAAUCGGGUGCCGCCGAGUGUUGAUAUCGCUUCUCGUCAUUAUUUUGUGUUGGUGGAUCUCGAGCUGAUGCCACCGGUCGUGUUUCCUUCCAUCUGCGAUCUUGGCAUUUCAUCCGCAGAUCA